CCUCCUUUCCCUUCCAUCCACCAUCGUGUCUCCAUUGCAACCAUGGCGGGCAUGUUCAAGAACGUGUUCGGCUCUCAGCCCUCGGGAGCUGCUAACCCAGACGAUGACUUCGCCGACUUCGUCGAGGCCCCGAACCCGUCUCCUGCAUCGCUCGUCGCCGACACGACCACUAUCCCGGCCUUCAGCACCGGAGGUGCCGUUCCCUAUACGAAAUGGUAUCGCAUCUGGGAGCGCACCUCGCCUAGCGACUUCAUGCAGGAGGCCAUAAUCAUGCCUUUCAUCCUGGUGGUUGUCCUCUUCCAUCUCUGGGGUACGCGCAAGAACCGCCGCAAGGUGCGGGACUGGGCCAAGGCUCAUAUUCCGGCCUUGCAGAAGGAGUUUGCCGUCGUUGGCUUCGAUGGUAUCUCCCGCUCGGGCCCUGAGGAGGUCACCGUGGAGCUGGCCAACCCGGAGAAGCUGCUGAAGGAGAAGUCGGCUCACGAGUUCGCCGCAUAUGCCACUGGGCGUCAGAAUGUGGCUUUCCUGGAUAUCGCUCUCACCAUGCCCAAGCGCUACAAUCCCAUUACUUACAUCAUGGAGUAUGUCUUCAGCUUCUUCUUCGAGACCUGGGAGGCUCCCGCCGAGAAGUACGAGGCUUUGAUGUACGCUUUCGAUGGCAAGGAGAAGGACCUGGUUCCCGUUCUCGCCAAGGAGUCUUCAUCUCUCAAGGUGGCCAACUCGACCUAUGAUGGCUUCAUCUGGGCUGUUGUGCACAAGAGCCACAUGCGCAAGUUCCGCACUGACCGCUACGACGCUUCCAUCACUUUCUCCAAGGAUCACCCCAAGCUGCCCUCCUGGGUUACCGUGAUGAGCGAGAGCGCCGAGAUCACCGAUACUCUGCUCACCCCGGAACUUAUCCAGGCCAUUGAGCAGGCCGGCAAUGACUUUGAGUUCCUGAUUGUGACUGACCAGCCCAUUGACAAGCCCACCAAGAUUGACGAGACCGUUCCCAAGAAGCGCAUCCAGCUCUCCGUCAACCUUUCGUCCGGCUACGAGUCGACCCUUCCCUUGUUCAACCAGUUCCUGCGCUUUGCCGACAAGCUCGUCUCCGUCGCCCACUGGCGUGGUGAGGUGAUGCGCAAGAUCCGCAACGUCCGCGACGAAGAGAUCAAGAAGUUGCGUCGCGUCGAGGAGGAGGAGAAGGCCGAGGAGCGCAAGCUGGCCGCCGAGAAGAUCAAGAAGGAGGAGCGCGAGCGUCUGCUCCGCGGUAUGACCGCCGAGGAGCAGCGUAAGUACCUCGAUCGCGAGAGCCAGAAGGGCCAACGCAAGUCGAUGAAGAAGUACUCCCGUAAGGGUUAGAUUUGAUACGACUGAGGAACCGUGCCCGCUUGAUUGGGCUGAUGCCGGAGAAUAUGGGAUAGGAGAUGGAGACGGGGACCUGGGGAAACGUUCACCUUCUUUUUUCCCGCUCGUUUGGACAGCAGGCGAAAAAAGCGAGGGGAAUUGUCUUACUCUGCCUUACCUUUUGAUACCUUUUGCGCUCCCCAGAUGUAUUCAUAUUUGAUACUAGUUGUCAACGGAUUUGGUGGCUGGUUGUUCUUUUUGGCAACGGCGGGUGGAAUUGCAAAUUUUCAAUGAGAAUCUAUUCUAAUUUUACCCUGUU